AUGCUUAAUUCCACAUCCCGCAGCUCUCUCCGGGCAGCCGCCGCGCUGCCACAUGCUUCUAAGCCGUUGACCUUUGCCCGAUGGAGCCCCUCAGCUGCCAGUCUUACCACCCUCCGCCUGUCCCGUCGUACGAUCGUCUCGACUCGCUCUUCGACGUAUUUUCCCCAUCCUUCGUCCUUCUCUGUUAGCCGCGUGCCCUGUGCAUUUGGCGUGAGAACUUUCGCAAGUACAACGAGCAACAUGGCUUCUGGCGUUCGUGCUGAGACCGAUGCGUUCGGUGAAAUUCAGGUCCCUGCCGACAAAUAUUGGGGUGCGCAGACGCAGAGGUCUCUGGGCAACUUCAACAUCAACCAGCCUCAAGACCGCAUGCCUCCCCCGAUCGUUAGAGCCUUCGGUAUCCUCAAAGGCGCCGCUGCUACUGUGAACAUGAGAUUCGGCCUUGAUCCAACGGUUGGAAAAGCUAUCCAACAAGCCGCAUCCGAAGUUGCGUCCCUUAAACUUAUCGAUCAUUUCCCGCUCGUUGUCUGGCAGACUGGUUCCGGUACUCAAUCAAACAUGAAUGCCAACGAAGUUAUUUCCAACCGCGCCAUUGAAAUUCUCGGCGGAACCAUGGGCAGCAAGAAGCCAGUUCACCCAAAUGACCAUGUCAACAUGUCGGCCUCCUCAAAUGACACUUUUCCUACCGUUAUGCAUAUUGCCGCCGUGCUCGAAACGGAGGAAACUUUACUCCCAGCUUUGAAAAGCCUCAGAGAUGCACUCCAAAAGAAAGUGGAGCAGUUUGAUAAGAUCAUCAAGAUUGGCCGAACCCACUUGCAGGAUGCGACCCCGUUAACCCUUGGACAGGAGUUUUCUGGAUACGUAGCACAGCUUGAUCGAAACAUAACACGGGUUAGCAAUACUUUGCCUGACCUGCGAUUGCUUGCUCAAGGCGGUACCGCUGUAGGAACGGGUCUCAACACGUUUAAGGGAUUCGAUGAGGCUAUUGCCGAAGAAGUCUCGAAAAUGACCGGAACUGAGUUCAAGACCUCUCCUAACAAGUUUGAGGUGCUUGCUGCUCAUGACGCAAUUGUUGAGGCUUCCGGUGCACUCAAUACACUUGCUUGUUCCCUCUUCAAGAUUGCCCAGGAUAUCCGAUAUCUUGGCUCGGGCCCUCGAUGCGGUCUUGGAGAGCUGGUUCUCCCCGAAAAUGAGCCUGGAUCUUCCAUCAUGCCUGGAAAAGUCAACCCUACACAGUGCGAGUCCCUUACCAUGAUCUGUUCCCAAGUGAUGGGUAACCACGUUGCCGCGACGGUUGGUGGAAUGAACGGACAAUUUGAGCUCAAUGUCUUCAAACCAUUAAUGAUCCGUAACCUCCUUCAUAGCAUCCGUAUUCUCGGUGAUGGAAUGAAGUCUUUUGAAAAGAACUUGGUUGCUGGCCUUGAGGCUGAUGAGAAGAGAAUUGGAUCUCUUCUUCACGAAAGUUUGAUGCUUGUUACCUGUUUGAACCCUGUGAUUGGGUAUGACAUGGCCUCGAAGGUGGCCAAGAACGCUCAUAAGAAAGGCUUGACCCUGAAGCAAAGUGCAAUGGAACUCAAGGCCCUGAGUGAGGAAGAUUUUGACAAAUAUGUUCGCCCUGAAUUGAUGAUCAGCCCAAAAGAAAAGAAAUAG